AUGACCGACCCAUUCUCGGUCGCUGGAAGUGCGGUCGGGAUCAUCUCCCUUGGCAUUCAAGUGACGCAGUCAUUAUUCGACUAUUACACCGCCGUGAAAUCGCAACACUCCGACAUAUCCCACACAGCAGAAAGACUAGAAAGCCUUUUAGAACUCCUCGAACGCUUGCGUAACCACAUUCAAGACCGCAGAUUCCGAGCCGACGAAGAAGAAUCAAUCAGAAGGAUUGAAUCGCUGAUUCAAGAAUGCGAAGAAUGCAUUCGGGAGCUCCAGGGCGAGACGGACAAGUUCAAGAAGACUCCAGUCACCACCAUCCAGUCCGCCGUCAAGGCAACAGCCCGCCGUGCUGCAUACCCAUUCCGCAGGAGCACGUUAGAGAAGCUGGACGAGGACAUUACCGAAGUCACCGACCGUCUCAAGCUGGCUAUACAAGUACUGCAGCACGAGGUCAUCGACCGGGCCCAGGAUGAUGUCCGCGAUAUCAAAGCACUGGUAGAGCUCGUCAGGUCCUCGCAACUGUCUUCCGAGCUCCAGAGUUGGCUCAAGGCCCCCGACGCCACUAUCAACUUUAACGAGGCCUGCAAGAAGAAGCAUCCCCGUACUGGGCUCUGGCUUGUCCACGGCGAUGUCUUCCACGACUGGCUUCGUAGCGCCCGGUCUUUCCUAUGGCUGAGAGGCUUUGCCGGGUGCGGCAAAUCGGUACUGUGUUCCACUGCCAUUCAGUACGCCUUUCGACAUCGCAGAUCGCAUCCGCGAACUGGUAUUGCUUUCUUUUUCUUCACUUUCAACGACGAGAGCAAGCAGGACGCCUCUGCUUUAUUCCGAGCCCUUAUUCUCCAGCUGUCGAUGCAGCUAGAUAACCACAAUGACCUAUCCCGCCUGCAUGGGAGCUACCGUCAUGCUAGUCCGCCUGACGAAGCCCUCCUGGGCUGUCUCCAUCAGCUGGCAAGAGCGUUUCAAGACGUUUACAUACUAGUUGAUGCGCUAGACGAAAGCCCGCGGAACAAGCAUCGAGAAGUGAUGCUCCAGGUCAUCAAAGACAUGCGUGGGUGGGAAGAACCAGGCCUGCACCUCCUACUAACAAGCCGGAAUGAGGUCGAUAUACGGGAAGAGCUGGAAGCAAUGCCGGAAGAGACCAUUGAGAUGAAGAAUAUCGAAGUGGACCGUGAUGUAGCCAUUUUUGUUGCGCAGAACCUCCAAGACAACAGACGAUAUCGGAAAUGGCAGCGAUACUCUGACCGGAUCGAAAAAGCACUGACAGAACAAGCAGAUGGAGUUUUCCGCUGGGUAGAAUGCCAAUUCAAAGCGCUGGCAGCUUGCCCAGCAAACCAGCAUCUUCUCGAUCGACUCCUACAAUCCCUGCCACAAUCGCUAGAUGACACCUAUGCCCGGAUGCUUAGGAAUAUCGCACCUGAACUGCGGGAGUAUGCUCAGCAAAUGUUGAACAUAUUAUGCUGUGCUAUAAGACCCCUCACGGACUUGGAGCUGAUCGAUGCGCUUGCGGUCGAGCUUGGCGACCAGCCUAGGUACGAUAUUACACGCAAGUUUAAGGACGUCCAUGAUCUUGAAGCUAUCUGUCCAGGGUUCAUUGAAACCAGCAUGGAUGUUGGAAUGGAAGCCACAGUCCGUAUUGCACACUUCUCUGUACAGGAAUACCUUGAAUCUAAAAGAGUCCUCCACCAUCAGGACCUUGCUCUAUUCCAUGUUCGGAAACCAGUCGCCCACAUUGACAUGCUGUUUCAAGACACGCAGGACUCCUUUAGCAAUUGGGUGAAUAUAUGGAAUAUUGACGAAUCAGAUGGCAAGUUGAGCUACUCGCGGAUACCCUCAUCCAUCUAUUACGCUUCCCACUUAGGGCUGACAGGAGUUAUCGGGGAGCUAUUCAACCAAAAGGCCGAUGUUAACGCUCAAGGUGGACGUUACGGAACGGCACUGCAGGCGGCAUCAACUAGAGGUUACAAGGAGAUCGUGGAACUGCUGCUCAGCAGCGGGGCCGAUGUCAACGCUCAAGGUGGAUAUUACGGGACGGCGCUGCAGGCGGCAUCAACUAGAGGUCACCAAGAGACGGUGGAACUGCUGCUCAGCAGCGGGGCCGAUGUCAACGCUCAAGGUGGACCUUACGGAACGGCGCUGCAGGCGGCAUCAACUAGAGGUCACCAAGAGACGGUGAAACUGCUGCUCAGCAACGGAGCAGAUGUCAACGCUCAAGGUGGACCUUACGGAACGGCGCUGCAGGCGGCAUCAUCUGGAGGUCAGAAGGAGAUCGUGGAACUGCUGCUCAGCAACGGAGCAGAUGUCAACGCUCAAGGUGGAGAUUACGGAACGGCGCUACAGGCGGCAUCAUCUCUAGGUCGCAAGGAGAUCGUGGAAGUGCUGCUCAGCAACGGGGCCGAUGUUAACGCUCAAGGUGGAUGUUAUGGGACGGCGCUACAGGCGGCAUCACCUGGAGGUCACAAGGAGAUCGUGGAAGUGCUGCUCAGCAACGGGGCCGAUGUUAACGCUCAAGGUGGAUUUUAUGGGACGGCGUUACAGGCGGCAUCACCUGGAGGUCACAAGGAGAUCGUGGAAGUGCUGCUCAGCAACGGGGCCGAUGUCAACGCUCAAGGUGGAUUUUAUGGGACGGCGCUACAGGCGGCAUCACCUGGAGGUCACAAGGAGAUCGUGGAAGUGCUGCUUAGCAACGGGGCAGAUGUCAACGCUCAAGGUGGAGAUUACGGAACGGCGUUACAGGCGGCAUCAUCUCUAGGUCGCAAGGAGAUCGUGGAAGUGCUGCUUAGCAACGGGGCCGAUGUCAACGCUCAAGGUGGAGAGUUCGGAACAGCGCUACAGGCAGCAUCAUCUGGAGGUCACAAGGAGAUCGUGGAGCUGCUGCUCAGCAACGGGGCAAGAUUUAACGUUUAA